CUUUUGUUAAAAUUAUAAAACUUUUCUUUCAUAUUUAAAUAUUUCUUGAUUGUCAAUCUCUAGCUUUUUGUUUGCAGAAAUGCCACUUCUAUGUUGGUAAUUUACUUGCAAACAUGAAAUAGCUAGUUAUUAAGAUUCCAAUGAAGGUGCUAUGAAUUUCUUAAAAGAUUUUAGAUACUUUCAAUUGCUUUCUUGGCACUUUUUAUUUCAAAAUUAGAGCAAUCGUAUUUUUCUUGUAAAGCCUAUUUGAAUACGAAUUUUGCCCAAAUUCAGAGCCUGUGAAAUUGCAUUGGAUGAUAUUACGCACAUUUGAUUUGGAGGAGAAAGAUUUGCUUGAGUUGCCGAUAGCAUUGAAGAAUUGUGUUUAAUCAGAGGGAAAAUAAAAUAUGGAGAAAGCGAAUGCUAGCAAUAAACCUGUAAUGCAACAUCCUGAUUCUCACUUAUCAGCUUCUUCAUCAUCUGAUUCGUCACUAGAACUAAGUACUCAUCCAAAGGAGUCUCUUGGAGAUUUAUAUACAAAGUCCGAACCAGAUGCUUCCCUAUCUCCUAGUCCAGCAGCCUCAUGGUUUCCUGAUGUUUCUUCUCAGACGCCACAGUGGAGUAUGAUGAGUAAUUCUCCGCGUGCUGAAACAGGAAAUCCAUUAUUCCCCGAUGCUUUUCCUCAGAAUCUUGAGCCAAUGAAAUCCCCUCCAUCACAUAGUACUAUGGAUCAUCCUCCAGGUUAUGAUCCUAAUCGUAUUCCUAAAUCCAUUUUUUCGAGCAAGCCUACCACCCCGGAAUGGAGCACUGCAUCAAAUGAGUCAUUGUUUAGUAUUCAAAUGGGAACCAACAGCUUCUCCACAGAUUACUCUCACUUGCUAUCCAAAUCUCAAGAACUCAACAAGCCUGAGGAAUGGAAAAAUUCUCCAUAUUAUGCAUCCGAAGUUAAAUCCAAUGACAGUAAGAACUUAUCUUCCCCCCUUCCCCCUCUUAUCGAUGUAAGCAGAGAUAGGGAUGAAAAAAGUGCAAGAGCGUCGGAAGGUCCUGGUAUACAAGAGAAGAAUGUCGAGACCCCCAAAAUGGUCUCAGAGGAAAAACCUGUGAAUAAUAAUAUCAAAGGAAAGACAAGUAGUGUCAUUGAAGAGCCUGCUGCUACCACCUCCAACAGGACUGAUGACAGAGCUGUUCCACCAACUGAGGCUACUCGUAUUUCUUCACCUGCUCGUACUUCUUCACCUUGCCACUCCGAGGCGAGUGGAAACAGCAGUAGUUCCUUUGCUUUCCCAGUACUAGUAAAUGAUGGUGCGAAAAGCAACUCGCUGAAAGGUGCCGCUGAGAAAGUAGAGAAACCUCAAUCUCAACCAGAGUUCCAACCAGAAAAGCAGCCGCAACACAAGCAAUCAGAAUCACAGCUUAAAGCAGCAGAGAAAAGUUGGUGUUCAUGUUUCACAUGUUGGCCUCACUGUUGUUGAUAUAUGAUUUUCCUCUCCUAUGUACAUUGAUAAGAAUAUUGACUAAACCAUCUUCACUUCAUCAACGACGCUUCUCAGCUGAAUUGAGGAAAGUUGGAAGUUAGGUCAAUAUAAUGAAAUGAUAUAGUAUUCACUAAGAAGCUUUACAGAUAAUAUUGUGGUGCCUGAAGAUCCUUAAUAUCGUAAGCAUUAAUCGGUUGAUCUUCUUAGAAAUUUAACAGUUUGCCCUCUUAGGAAGUGUUUGGUGAAUAUGCAUGCUUUCUGGUGAAAUAUUGGUCUAACACUCUUAACUACCAUAAGUUGCAGUGAUCUUCAUUAGUCACAUUCUACUGAUCUCAGCUAAGGAGUUUCAGCUGUGAGAAAAUUGUACAACUUUGUAAGGGAGGAAAUUCUUUUUCUAGGAUGACUAUUUGUUUGCAGAUUGUAGUGGCCAAAACCUAACAUGGGCCGAGCCGAGCAGUGUCCGGAACCAAGUUCAGUUCGAGCAAGCCAUAUUGGUUGACAUGAUAUUCCAUCACAAAUGCACCAGGCCUUUGGUACGCUUUCUGACCCCGUUAAGAUAGACCAGAUCAACUCACAAUAUUCAUGGUGUGAAAUAUGUAAAACAGACUCCCCAGACUUCCAAGGACGUGCCUGCACUCAACUCCUCGCACCCCUUCCAUCUUAGUCGGGCUGUUGGACACGUCAAUCCACUAUAUAGAGGGGAUCAAUCCUCUUCAGCGGCAACACUACAACUUUGAUUACUUGAAUAUCUUAAGUUCUCUCAUUAUAAGUUCUGUUUGUUGUAAAACACAUUGCUGAGCCUAUUUAGUCUGUAUCGUGAAUUGGCUGCUUUAACACACCACUGUAACUCUCCAAGCUCAGAGGCGCAUUACUGUAUAAGAACUCUUUGCUGCUUUCUCUUUAUCUUUUGUC